AUGUCUUCUUCUGCUUUGUUUCUCGGUCUUAUGUUUUUGUUGACACCAUUGGUUCUCCUUUCAUCCUCAUCUCAAGCACUAGAGUUUCAUGUUGGUGGUAAAGAUGGUUGGGUUCUCAAACCCUCUGAUUACUAUAAUCACUGGGCUCAGAGAAACAGGUUUCAAGUCAAUGACACUCUCAGUUUCAAGUACAAUAAAAAGAGGGAUUCAGUUCUUGUGGUGAAGAAAGAGGACUAUGAUUCCUGCAACAUCAACAAUCCGAAACAAAAGAUGGACGACGGAGAUUCGAGUUUUAAGCUCGGUGAUUCGGGUCUCUACUUUUUCAUCACUGGCAAUGUUGACCACUGUAAGCAAGGUCAAAAGCUUGUUGUUUUAGUCAUGGCAGUUAAACACCAUAACCCGCCUCAUACCGUGGUUGUACCGCCGUCUCAGGCUCCGGAAAGUGGUUUGUCGGGUUUGGAUACUCCGGCGCCGUCUCCGUCGAAAGCAAGUUCUGUUGGUGUGAGUGUGGGUUUUGGGGUUGUGGUUUGGGUUGGUUUGAUGUUUAGUGGGUUUGUUUAUUAUUAG